AUGGUGGACCCCGCGGUGCCAUACUCUCUGGUGCUGGCCGACGCGGCCGCCGCCAACCCGCUUGCCGCUGGCGGCAACGGCAGCAGCGCCUGCGAGGGCGCUGCUGACUUCGUGAUGGCCGACAACCCAGCCUAUGAACGCGGCUCUGCCCGCCGCGGCGACGAGAACAUGCCGCAGGCUGUUACGGCUGGGGUCAAGCGCUCCAUGGGCGGUCGCUCGCCCGGGGCAACUCCGGAGACGAGGAAGACGAGCAAGGCGCACCGCCGCGAGGCGGCAGCCAAGGCUGCCGCCAAGGCCGCCGCCAAGGAAGCGGACCUCGCCGCUGCCAACGAGGCGACGAUGCUGGAGCUCUCCCGCCUGCGCCCGGCGCGUGCUGCCAAGGCUGCACAGAGCGACACAUGUCCCGUUCCGCAGCAGAACGGUGUUCCAGCAGCCAAUGAGCAUAGCCUUCGGGCACUUGAUAAAAUUGGAACGAUACAGAGAAGAUUAGCAUGGCCCCUGCGCAAGGAUGACACGCUCUGCUCGAGAAAUGGUUCCACAAUUUUCGACCGCGGCUAA